AUGGCCACUGAGAUGCAGGUGGAAGGAGGCAAGGCCCCAACAGAAGGUCUACAGGCAGAGGACCAGCUCUCAACAUGUCAGAGCACCAGUGCCUCAUUGUUUGAAAAUCUCCUGAGACUAAAUGAAGCAGAGCUGACUGAGCUACCUUGUUAUGAAAUGGUUUGUUUUGCGCAGGUGAACCAUUGUUCGUUCUCCCGUGGUGGCGAGCUCCUAUUAACAGGGUCCGACGACUGUAGUGCUCGUGUGUGGGAUGUUGGAAAUAGAAAACUUCUAUCUAAAGUAACAGGUCACACAGGCCCAGUGAAGGCGUGUGCAUUCUCUGCUGACUCUACUCUUUUCGCCACUGGGUCCUGUGAUUGUACUGUCAGAGUGUGGAACACGAAGACGGGAGCAUGUCUACACAUUCUACAAGGGCACAAUAAGAUGGUGGAGACUGUAUGCUUCAGCCAUGAUUCGAAGCUGAUCGCAUCUGGAAGUUGGGACUAUACAGCUAAUCUAUGGGAUCCAAAGUCAGGCCGCCUUGUGAAGUCUCUUUCCGGACAUCAGAAUGUCAUCAAAACCUGCGCUUUUUCAUCCGACGGACAAUAUUUGGCCACUGGAUCCUGGGAUUAUACAGUGAGGGUGUGGCAUUUAAACAGAAUGAGACAAAACUUAAUUUUGCAUGGUCACCAGGGCAACGUGAGCUGUGUAGCGUUUUCUGGAAUCGGAAUGCUGGCUUCAGGCUCCUGGGACAAGACUGUACGUGUGUGGGAUUCGAGGAAGGGGCACCUGAUCUUUCUCCUGACGGAGCACACUGGCAAGGUGUCGGCUCUCUCAUUCUCUCUGGAUGCAAUUCUACUGGUGACAGCAGCAGGAGAUGAAACGGUUCGUGUGUGGGAUUGUGAAGAUGGAAAAUGUAAAAAGAUCCUUAAGUGUGAGUUGGAUUUAACCUUCUGUUGUCAAUUUUCUCCUUCCAAUACUCUUCUGACUGUGGGAACAUCUGAUUAUGCACUGACAACUGGAUCUACAACAGCCAUCGUACAAGAAGAGGUCUUAGAAGGAAACCUGAUCAAGCAUUAUGAAAAAUUCAAAACGGCUGGUGUGCUGAUACUGGCAAACUGGUGGACAAGAGGAAUAUUGCCCAUUAUCUCCAGGAUGCAGAACAGAGAUAAGAGGUCAGACACGAGACUCAAAGCCAAGUUGGUAAACAGCCUGCGGGAGGAAUGGGAUAAGUACCGAGUGGAUGGAUGGGACUAUGUGAGUAUUCUUGCUAAAGCAGAAAUGAAGGGUUGA